AUUUGCUAUGUGUGAAGAUAUUUCCAAAAAUGAGCGUUUAGUUUGUGAACAUGACACAUUUUUAGUAAUAAGAAAAUGGCAUGAUUACAUCCCUGAUGGGGAAUUUCGUUGCUUUGUAUCAGGCAAGCGUUUGAUUGCUAUUUGCCAAAGGAAAGUUGACAGAUAUUUGGAAAGUAUAUUAAACAAUUUAGAAACAAUUAGAUCUGAUAUAAUGAAAUUCUAUUCACUUUAUAUUGAGCCCUUCUUCGUGUUAAAUGACUUUACUUUUGAUAUUUUCUGGCUGCAACGAAAAAACUCUUUUAAUCACAUACGGAUUAUUGAUUUUAAUGUUUAUGGGCUACCCACAGAUGCCAUUCUCUUUUCGUGGGAUGAGCUGGACUCGUUUUCAUUAGACCAGGUAAAUCGCGUUUACGGCGUUAUCAAUGUUGCAUUAUUAAUCCACUUAUGUCACUACGCUCCUAGUAUGCUCCUACGUUUUUUAACUACUAGAAUUUUACUGGACCUGAGCUUCGUUAUCAAACAAAUUGCUCAUUGCAACAAGACACAAUAUACUAUACCAAUUGACCUUAUUGAUGUCGCCUCUGGGCAUCCAGAAAAACUGAUUGACCUUGUGCAAUAUCAUAUUGAACGGCAAAACACAGAAGCGGCUUCAAAUCAGGAGACUAACAAGACUAAUCGGAUUGUCCCUAAAACUGAAGCCUUUAAGGGUUCUUUUAACUCCGCGUCGAGUGCAAGGCCUGAUAAACGUUCGAGAAUGCACUCCAUCAGCUGUCAGGAGCAUACAAAAGAUGUGAUUUAG